GGAGGGGGGUGCGGAGGGGCGACAAGGUGGAGCUUAAAUCACGUUUCAGAAGACUCUGAAAAGUUUCCAUUUAUUUUCACUUGCUGAUUUUUAGGUGAAGAUGUUGCCUUCAUGUAUGCUUAAUUAAUUCAAAUGUCAUUUGAAGUUUGCACGGCCUCUGCAACAUUGCUUGUUGUUGUAAAAUAGCUAGGCCCCUCCUUUACGUCGUCUCUGAGGUCAGGCACUACAUUUGGCUGAAGAAGAUGAGAAAUGUGAGACUUUUUUCAACUGUUCUUACAGAGCUGGGAGUGUCUUAGCAAAAACCUUUUCACAUCUCUUGAACUUCUCCACAUUUCAUGAUGUUACAACCACAAAUCAUGAUGUAGUGGUGCACAAAUCCUCGUAUAAUUGUGAAAUCUGAAAAGUGUGGAAUGCAUUUGUAUUCAACUCCCUCUUAUCUGAUGCCCCUAAAUACAACCGGGACAACUAUUUGACACAUCCUGCUUACAUUUUGCAUGAGAUGUUGAAAAGUGUUAUUCACAUGUACUCCGUACAAUUUGUUUGAACUUGAGGUAUUUUGCAAAAAAAAAAAUCAUUUGCAAAAAUGUAACUCUGGAUAUGCAAAGUCAGAAGAGAUAUUUCCCAAACAACUUGCAAGAAGUAUCAGCUCACAGGGCCUGACUACAAAUGCACACGACACUUUAAAAUGUUGCUUACAUUUUUUUUUUGAAAGCCAUCACUUUCCUUCCACCUCAUAAAUUUGUGCUACUUUAUGUAAGUAAAAAAAAAAAAAAUCUCAACAAUCCAACAAUCUGCACUGAGGUUUGCAGUUGUAACAUAAUAACAUCUGAAAAAGUUCAAGGUGUAUUCAAGCUUUGGCAAGACCGUGCAGCUACUGUAGCUCUGAUCAAACCUUUCUGUAUCGUUAAAGGAAAUGUGGACGUUGUCAUAAUUGCUACCAACUUGAUUCCUAGUUUGAAACAGUCAUUUUAGUAAAGUUUACAGAUAUGCAAACCGUCAUUUUUGUCUUGUUUCACUUUGUCUUCCUUCUUUUGUUGCUUUUACUGAGCAUCCAAGGAUGAGCUCUGAUGCAAUUCUGUGACUGUUCCUGUGUAGAAUGGGGACUCCAUUUCCCAGCAGCCAACGGCGAGUACCAGUCUCCGAUUAAUCUCAACUCAAGGGAAGCGCAGUAUGACCCCUCCCUCCUGGAUGCUGGCUUAACACCAAACUACGUGGUGUGUCGAGACUGUGAAGUCAUCAACGACGGGCACACUGUCCACAUCCUUCUCAAGUCCAAGUCAGUGGUUACUGGGGGUCCAUUGCCUAGUGAUCAUGAGUAUGAGCUUCACGAGGUUCGAUUCCACUGGGGCAAAGAGAACCAGAGAGGAUCAGAGCACACCGUCAACUUCAAGGCUUUCCCUAUGGAGCUCCAUCUGAUUCACUGGAACAGCACUCUCUUUAACUCACUAGAAGAUGCUUUGGGGAAGAAGAAUGGAAUCCUCAUUAUAGCACUUUUUGUCCAGAUUGGCAAAGAGCACCUGGGUCUAAAGGCCAUCACUGAAGUCCUACAAGACCUGCAGUACAAGGGGAAGAACAAGAUAAUCCCAUGUUUUAACCCCAACACGCUUCUACCUGACCCGCUGCUGAGAGACUACUGGGUGUAUGAAGGAUCUCUGACCACACCGCCUUGUAGUGAAAAAGUGACCUGGAUACUUUUCCGCUAUCCCCUCACCAUCUCGCAGCUACAGAUUGAGGAGUUUCGGAGGUUACGGUCGCACAUCAAGGGGGCGGAGCUGCUGGAAGGAAACGACGGGAUGCUGGGGGACAACUUCCGCCCCACCCAGCCGCUCAGUGACAGGAUUGUCCGCGCCGCCUUCCAGUGACUUUCACUUUCCUGUGCCAUCUCAGUGAAACUCUGGGACCUACACAUACAAAAAUAGAAGAAGGAGAAGAAAACAGAGGAGUGGAAACAGGAAGAAAGAGGGGAAAUUAAUGUGAUAACAGAUCUAAGACAAACUAGAAGAGGAUGAAAAAGCUUUUAGUGUCACCGCCUUCACUCCAGGCUUUGUGUGUGUGUCAGUACAUGUAAGUGCAGCCAUCGUUUUCUGUAUUGUUUCUCACUCCUCCCCGUAGUUUUGCUGUUCACAUCGACUGUUCAUGUGUGUAUUUGUUACACAUUCGGUUUGGGGCGUUAUUGUGUCUGCGUGCUGAAUGUGUGUUGUGACUAAAUGAUGAGGAGUUAACGCAGUCGUCACAACAGGAUGAAGAAUCGUCCGCAGACGAACAAGAAGCCUGAAAAACACACACUAACCUGUCUUGUUCUCCAUAUUUUAAUACGCAUAUUUUAAUACUCCACUUAAAAUAAUACUAUUAUCAUUCUUAUGAGAUGAAUAUUAAUAAACUUAAAUAUAAAAAACUGUUUUAAACGGAAACUGUGAAUAAAUGGCUUCUGAAGUUCUAUGUUCCAGCUCAUUUUCCUUCUUCUGGCAGUGAAUUCAACACCACUUUCAUCUUUUAAAAUACAAGUGAAAUAAAAAUGACUGCUUUCAAAUUAACAUAUGAAAACAAUAUGUGGUUGUUUUAAGGUACUAUACAUCAAAUGGAGCUGGUACGAUUUAUAGGAACGAUGACUGUGACUGGAAAGAAACAGUAAACUACAACUUACUAAAAAAAAAGAGUCUGUACAUGGCCCCCCAAAAAGAGCAUCUUACAUGCCAUUCACAAAGCAAACACUUCUAAUGACAUCCAGAUGAAAACUGGCCAAUCAAGUUAAACAGACGUGGGAAAUACGUUUUUCUUUAGCGUUAGAGACCAGUUGUUGUCUUUUGACUCACAGCGAGCUUCAGGUGUUGAUAUCAAGACACUGUAAGAACUACAGGAGUCCGAUUUGGGGAAGGGUUCCUAAAUGAAUUCCUAGUUUGGAUGUUUGUAACCCUAUAAGUCCUAAACUUAGCGGCGACAAUCCAGCCAAAUUUAUAGUACCGUAAUUCCGCCACACUUUGCGCUAUCUGAAAAAUUCCAACGUUUUUUAAAAUGGGAAACGUUGCUCUUUCCAGCCAUUAUGGUAAUUUUACUCCCGUCCUUGGCAGGGAAAUUAAUCUGAGGGGGACUCUUUUAAUAGGCGGUAAAUUAUGAAAAUGCUAGAUAUGGAAAGUUCCAGUUGUUAUGGAUAAAUGGGCAAAUAUAUUUACUCACAGGACAUUUAAAGAACUGCGUGCAAUUAAAAUAAACAAAAAAUAUCCAGGCGGUGGUUUUAAAUUUAGGACAUAAAGGGUUGCAUUUGUAAAAGAAAACAACAAAUGAAUACUUUCUGUAUUUCACUGUUUAACUUGAAAAAAGUGUUAAAAUUAAGUCAGAUUGUUUUUUUUAUUAUAUGGAGUCUAUAUGAAUGUGUACUGCACAAAGUUUUGGUUUAUUGUCAAAAUAAAAAUGAAACUUGUGCAUUCUUGA